GCUACGGGAUUUGCGCGCUCUGUGGACUACAGACUGAACACGUAGAGAAAGAUGCACACACAGUAGUGUCAGGGUACGGAGUGUAUGUGAACGGGUGUGUGAGAGAGCUGGGGUCCAGGGCUGCCGUUCACAAGAGUCCAUUACCUGUGCGGAACAAAUAGUGAAUUGGAGAUGAAAAGGCGCCCCCGUGCCAAUGACCAACAUAAGGGCGAGCGAGUGCUUAGGCUGAACGCAUAGGCUAUUUUAGUGAAUGUUCUAACGGUUCCGGAGACAGUUUUGAGUGAAGGUACAUUUGGACUCUUAAUUCCUACUCUGUCAGUCUUUAAUUUGUAUUUUUCACCUGGAUUUUUAACACUGAGUGCUCAAUGGAAGAUAAAGGGACAGAGUGCGCACCAAGAAAAUAACUUGCAUCCAAGAGAUCCAACAAGUGGCUGAAUUAAUAUUAUUUAUCUGCACUAACGGCUGGACAAAAACAACGGAUUAAGCAUCGUUGAAUUGUCUAAUUGUCUUUGUCUGCCUCUCUUCUACCGCAGUGAGAUAAACCGCUGGUCUUUUUUAUUUGCAUGUUGCGCUGAAAGCUCACUGGCAGUGUGUCUCAGCAGAUGGAGUCACCGUGAUGUGUUUCUAGUUUUGUUCAGCUAAUAGCAAUUAUAAGUGUGGCAAUAUAGGCAUGUUUCAAAAGUUGCCAAUGAAUUCCCUCAACCUAGGCUAGAUCCAUCUCGCAAUGUCUGUAAACAUAACUGUCAAGUAUCCAGAUAAAUAAAAAGGAUAUACUGUGACAACGUCACGUUUAUAAAAAAAUACAAAUAAUAUAUUAGUCUUCUUAGUGUUCAAGAACGGGGGAGGAAUUCACGGAUCUUCUCCUCUCUCCUGCCUCUCGAUCCUGUGGCCACAGCGGUUCCUUCCUAUCCAUGGACUUGACCCCCGCACCCUCUUUGAAAGUAAAGUUGUGAACGACUCUCUGAAGAACCACUCAUAUGAAGACCAGGUCACAGGUGGCAGCCCCAGACCGUCACCGCAGCCAUGCCUAUCAUGCAUCCAAUCACCUCCAAUUUGAUGUACCGGGGCAUCUGCACUAUCCCGGACAUGCUCGCCUACCGAGCCCCGGUCAACCUGCCCGAGGACGAGGUGGAAGAGAUCCGCGAGGCGUUCAAGGUGUUUGACCGUGAUGGGAAUGGCUUUAUUUCCAAGCAGGAGCUAGGCAUGGCCAUGAGAUCCCUGGGAUACAUGCCCAACGAGGUGGAGCUGGAGGUCAUCAUACAGAGACUGGACAUGGACGGUGAUGGUCAGGUGGAUUUCGAGGAGUUUGUCACUCUCCUCGGACCCAAGCUGACAGCAGCCGGAAUGCCUGACAAGUUCCACGGAACCGACUUUGACUCCGUGUUCUGGAAGACUGACAUGCAGAAGCUGACGGUGGAGGAGCUGAAGAGGCUGCUGUACGAUACGUUCUGCGACCACCUGACCAUGAAGGACAUCGAGAACAUCAUCAUGACCGAGGAGAGCCAUAUAGAGAACCCAGGGGCCUGUCAGGUGGAUAUAGACACUAGUCCAACGCAGCAAGUCAAGCAGACCUGUGUACGCAAGAGCCUGAUAUGUGCUUUCGCCAUUGCUUUCAUCAUCAGUGUCAUGCUUAUCGCAGCCAAUCAGGUGCUGCGGAGCGGCAUGAAGUAGACGGGGACACCUAUGGCCUCCUGACCCUCUGAAAGAGACUAAUGUAAGACACCUGGACAAAUGACAGAGGAAAAACUUCUAAACAACAACCACAAACACAACCAUGACCACAACAACAACAACAACAACGACAAAAACAACAACAGACAAUCAAACCAACAUUAAAAUAAAACUGAAAGGAAAAGAAUACUUGGCUCUCAUCCAAUUGACUUCAUGGGCAUAUUUCCCAACUUGCUCCUUCAACUCCUUUCUGAAUUGAACCCAUUGAGACCCUACUAUGUGGGCCUGGAGGAUGACCAUCAUCUGUGCAUGAAGUGCAUGGCUUUAACCAGUCGUCUCUUGAAACCUCUGUAGAAGUUAUUAUAAGUGUAUAUCCAUAUAACUGUGUAACAAACAUAGGUGUGUUUUAAAUCACGUAUGACCAACUGUGACCACUUUUGUUAAUGGAGUUGGGGUCGGAGGUCAAGGUGUCAGGUUAAGGACCAAAGUUCAGUGGUCAGGGGAGGGAAUGGAGAAUGUGUUUUUCUGUACUGUGUACCAAAUAAUAUGUCAUGAUAGGAAUAUUUCACAGUUCUGCAUGAACAUAAGGGCUGUUUAGUGGACUACAUGCUCGUAUUGUAAAAGUAGUUUGUUGGGGAACUGUUCGUAUCGACGUACUGUGGACUAUUAACUUCACUGAGCACCCCAUGAUGAUCAUCAUAGUAGAUCUUACUGCCAAUGAAAAACAGCUCAGACGUGAUGGAUUGUAUUAGCAUAUCACUGAGAAAUCCUACAGUAUGUUAUUGAUAUGUGUUAUAUGUGCAUAGCCUAAUGCAGUUAGCUUAGUGGUUAGAGCUUUUUGCCAGUAACCGAGAGGUUGCUGGAUCAAACCCCCGAGCCGACAAUGUACAAAUCUGUCAUUCUGCCCCUGAACAAGGCAGUUAACCUGCUGUUCCCCGGUAGGCUGUCAUUGUAAAUAAGAAUUUGCUCUUAACUGACUGGCCUAGUUAAAUAAAGGAAUACAUUUGUUUUAAUUAAUAUACAAAGAAGAGGGUUGUUAGCUCUGUAUAAGAUGAAUGAUGGAAUGUAUUUUGUGCUCCUUGGUCAGUCCUAUGUACAUGGCUAUAUUGAGCAAUAAAUCAUGAGUAUACAUAUCACAUGUUAUAUCACAUCAUCACCGGCCAGACAUGAUCUAUAUAAUCCUUUAGGCUCAUCUAUAGGGCAGCCCUGCACUGGAGAAUCAAAGUAUGAGCAAUGACCUUCAAUCUGCUUCUGUCCCAUGGUAGGUCCUUGUUGUCCUUGGGAUGCACUACUAUGAGAUAAAAGAACCAAACAAAAAUAACUAUCAUCUUUAAAGGACCUAAACAGUCUAUCUGAAACUACCAGGAAGUUAAACAAGACAGGCUAAGUGGGCGGGGAGCUUAAAUUCAUGAGCUCACCAUGACUGACAGCUUUUUGAAAGCUCUAUGUCAAGCAACUUGGAUGUUUUGAGCAGUGUUGCAGUAAAAUCAUCUCAAGCACAUUUGGUGAUACACAAAGCAACUCAAACAACGUUUUUAUACAUCUCCCGUUUGGAAUGUCUCUUGUGAUGCGGUUUACAGCAGCACUGACGAAUUUGUUGGCUUUUGUUCCAUGCUGGCUGAAUACCUAGCUAAUCAGUAACGAACACCAGACACGGAUGAAUGGGGAAACAUAUAUGUAGCUUGCCAGAGAUGAAGAGGGUAAACUUUUAAUUAUAUUUACUAACACCUUACAGUCAAAAUGUAGCACCAGUAGAGUAGCUAUCUACAGUGGGGCAAAAAAGUAUUUAGUCAGCCACCAAUUGUGCAAGUUCUCCCACUUAAAAAGAUGAGAGAGGCCUGUAAUUUUCAUCAUAGGUACACUUCAACUACGACAGACAAAAUGAGAAAGAAAAAAUCCAGAAAAUCACAUUGUACGAUUUUUAAUGAAAUUAUUUGCAAAUUAUGGUGGAAAAUAAGUAUUUGGUCAAUAACAAAAGUAUAUCUCAAUACUUUGUUAUAUACCCUUUGUUGGCAAUGACAGAGGUCAAACGUUUUCUGUAAGUCUUCACAAGGUUUUCACACACGGUUGCUGGUAUUUUGGCCCAUUCCUCCAUGCAGAUCUCCUCUAGAGCAGUGAUGUUUUGGGGCUGUUACUGGGCAACACGGACUUUCAACUGUGGUUCCACCCCGUGUGGUUCUGGGAUUUUGCUCACCGUUCUUGUGAUCAUUUUGACCCCACGGGGUGAGAUCUUGCAUGGAGCCCCAGAUUGAGGGAGAUUAUCAGUGGUCUUGUAUGUCUUCCAUUUCCUAAUAAUUGCUCCCACAGUUGAUUUCUUCAGACCAAGCUGCUUACCUAUUGCAGAUUCUGUCACGCCCUGGCCUUAGUAUUCUUUGUUUUCUUUAUUAUUUUAGUUAGGUCAGGGUGUGACAGAUUCAGUCUUCCCAGCCUGGUGCAGGUCUACAAUUUUGUUUCUGGUGUCUUUUGACAGCUCUUUGGUCUUGGCCAUAGUGGAGUUUGGAGUGUGACUGUUUGAGGUUGUGGACAGGUGUCUUUUAUACUGAUAACAAGUUCAAACAGGUGCCAUUAAUACAGUAACGAGUGGAGGACAGAGGAGCCUCUUAAAGAAGAAGUUACAGGUCUGUGAGAGCCAGAAAUCUUGCUUGUUUGUAGGUGACCAAAUACUUAUUUUCCACCAUAAUUUGCAAAUAAAUUCAUUAAAAAUCCUACAAUGUGAUUUUCUGGAUUUUUUUUCCUCAUUUUGUCUGUCAUAGUUGAAGUGUACCUAUGAUGAAAAUUGCAGGCCUCUCUCAUCUUUUUACAUUGGAGAACUUGCACAAUUGGUGGCUGACAAUUUUUUUUGCCCCACUGUAGCUAUGUGAAACACGCCCCUCUGCAAACACAUCUUCUUCAAUGUUGGUUACAAGGCAGAACAUAUGUAGGUAAGAUAACAUCAUGUUACCAUUGGUGUAAUAAAAUGAGAGUUAAAGGGAUGUCACCAUGUACCCUUAAUAAUGAUUCCAAGUGUUUAACAUGGGGGAGGGGACCAGUAACUUUAUGAUAAAACGUUGUCAAUGUAGAAGCAACAGUCAUUUUUCAUACUUUGGUCAUCAUAGUUUGAUGACCAAAGUUUCCUUCAGAUAUUUCAUGGAAAACUUGAUUAAGAGUGUUCAUGACCAUUAAGGCACUGCUGAAACAUCAGGUUUCUAUCCUCUUUCAUUCUGGGACUAUACCGCAGCUAUACUGAACAUCACAUGGCCCGUGAAGCUCUGCAAUAAAGCACUACUCCAUGUCCGUGUAAUAUUUACGCUAUCCCAGUGGUCUUUAAAGUGUUCUGCAUGUUUGCCAAUGUUGCCAUUGAAUGACGUACAUGAAUACUGAGAGAAUCUGUAUACAUCUGUAAGAUACAAAUGCCAACCAAAGCUAUGAAAGUAAAUGACUGUAUGUAGUUAAAGGUCUCUUACUAACCACAAGAUAAUGAACAUUUAAUAGCUCAUCACUUGGGCCUAGAUUCAAUCAGUUCCAGCGCUAGCCAGUGAUAUCCGACAACUGCACAGCAGUUUCAUUGUUUUGUUUAGGUGAUGCCUGAGGUGUAACUGUGCUGGAGCUAUCAAAUUGGUGAGCCGCUGCUCUUGUCGUCAUUGUCACAUUUGACAUUUUACAGCACUGUUAGGAGCUAGUAACAAAAGCAUUUCGCUGCACCCACCAUAACGUCUGCUAAACUGUGUACGAGACCAAUACACUUUGAUUUGAUACCACACCCGUCCUUAAACUCCCACCUGUGUUAUAAGUUCAGAACGAGAAAAUGUAGCCAGAAUAGAAAAAAAUGACACUCAAAUUGAAAAUCAUUGAAGUAAAUAAUAAGGAUUUAUACAAAAAAAUAUACAUUACAGUUCAAAAGUUUGGGGUCAUUUAGAAAUGUCCUUGUUUUUGAACGAAAACCACAUUUUUUUUGUCCAUUACAAUAACAUCAAAUUAAUCAGAAAUACAGUAUAGACAUUGUUAAUGUAGCAUACCACUGAGGUGAUGGAAUAAUGAUUACUGUCCUGUCUAAAAACAGUCAGGACAACAAUUAUCUCAUGUGCAUGAGCAUUUUGUUAAAAGCAUCAAGGUCGCAAGAGGACAUAAUACAAUUGCACAUUGUCAAUUUACAUGUACUUUAAACAAAUUGUACUGUAAACAAAUGUAGCACUUUGUAGUACUGCGCAAAACAUACUUGUCUGUGUUUUGAAUAGUUACUCUUUUGUACAUUUUCCUUAUAUCAUCAAAAGAAUGCAAUGAUAAAGAAGAGUAGAUGAUGACCCCACCUAAUUUGUUGUUACAUUUAACUGGUAAAUCUGUUGUUGGUACAUUCAGUUUGUGCGACAGUUGACUACACUGCUUAAAUAUCUUUCUUUUUUACAUAUUCUAAUGAGACUACAAUAUGUUGCCCUUUGAAACCGAGGGUCUGGAGAAGGUUGUUCCACGACCUGUUACUUUGCCUUAUCCUCUGAGACACUUUGGCAUUGUACGUUUAAAUAAAGUGUAAACGAAACAUAGUUUAUUGUCAAAGCAAAGCUGUACAGAAAUAGAAACCAGUCAAAUAUUUAUUUUCUUUUACAGAUGAAACAAAACGUGUUGUAAUGUAUAAAUGUUGAGUCUACCGAAUGUUCUAGUUCCAUUCAUUAUAUUGUAAUUUGAUACUUAAUGUUUCUGUAUCUUGCAAAAACAUGUUACUGUAUAUUUUCCGCCCCCUGUGACAUAUGUUCAUUGAUCACACCAGAUGUCUGUCUGUCUUGGAAUGGUAUUUCACAUAAAUAAAGUAUAUUAAUGCACAACUA